AUGCCAUCCCCCACCGACGACGAGACGCCGUUCCCCUCGUUAGACCGUCCCACCCUUCAUGGGUUUGGCCGUUCGCAUCUUUCCCCUGACGAUGCCUUCGUGUCGCCACCUAGAGGUCCGCGAGGUCGAAGCCGAAGGCGCAAACGUCCAUGGAAGAAGCUGAUGUGGGUGAAGCAGUCGUGUAUGUAUACGCCGGAUAGAUGCUUCAAAGAGACAGCCUCAGCUAACAUACCCAUCCACUCUCUAGAUCCUGAUAACUAUACCGAUCAAGCUACCUUUCUCGAGAACCUCCAGCGCAAUCCUCGACUCAAGCCCUACGACUUCUGGCCUCUUGUUGCCGACUCUACAGUCAUACUGCAGCAUGUAUGCUCUGUCAUUAUAUUCGUUGUUUGCUUUGUCGGCAUAAACCAGGAGCGCGUCUCCCCUGUUGCUGUGACAAGCUGGAGUAGCUUCGCUACAUUUGUGGGGUGGAUUCUGUGGGAACGUUGGCUAUCUGAAAUCGAGGAGCCCGACGACCCAAGCCUUGGAGUGGCUGCGAAUGUUAUGGGUAGGGCCGGUCGUACCGGCAGUCUAAGACGACCGACCCGCACAGGCAGUAUCCGGCGUCCAACUCCGCUCCGGAUUGAAUCCGCACCGUCGACCGCCACGCCAUCUGCCGUCCCUUCGGCGGCGAGCUCGACAACUAACCUACACGCGCCAGCUGUGAUGCAUCGAGCGCAAUCAGCUUCGAAUACAUCCUUGGCCAGUGGUGCCGCCCACACACCGCGAGCAAGUCAGGAACAUCUUCCCGAACUGCCACCUCCGCUUCUGCCUGAAGAAAAUAGGUAUCGACAACGAAUGGAGACUAUUAAAUCGGCGAUCCUUAUAUACUGCACGUUGCUCGGACUCAGCCCUAUACUUAAAUCGCUUACACGGUCAACAUCGAGUGACAGCAUAUGGGCCAUGUCCUUUUGGCUUCUCGCAAUCAACAUCUUCUUCUUCGACUACUCAGGCGGAGUGGGCGCCAAAUUCCCAGCAUCUCUGUCCACCAAUGCUGCGCUCAUGGCAUCGACGGUGCUAGCUAGUCGGCUGCCCUCUACCAAACAGGUGUUUAGUCUGACCCUUUUCAGCAUUGAAGUCUUUGGAUUGUUUCCAGUCUUUCGACGCUACUUACGGCACCGUAGUUGGCGCUUUCAUAUACUUUCGGCUAUUUUACUGGUACUGGGAGCAAGCUUUGGGGUCGGUCUUAUACUUGGCGAUGCUAGCGGCACGGAUGGAUGGCCAUGGAAGAGCGGACUUGUGGGCAUGAUAGUUGGAGUAUUUAUUGCCAUACUGGCCACAGGAGGCUGCAGUUGGUGGCUGAUCGGGCUUCAGAAGUACAAGAACGAGAUACGAGGGCCAUGGGAUGCAGCGAGACCUAUCAUCAUGAACCGGCCUCGAUGGGAUGAUGAUUCAUGA